GGGCGAGCUGCCUCCGACAAACCACAACCCGUGUGCGUCGCUCCGAUUGUCACGUCCGCCAUAUUGAACAAACGGCAUACGGCUCUCAGAGCAGCACACGGCACUGCAAAGCAUAACCGACGUCCGACUGGCCAAUUCAAUUGGGUCGGCCCCCGUAUCCGCCACGCCGUUGUAAAUUGUCCAUUUAGAUUUAUUUUUUAUAUAGUUGUAACUUGUAUCAACUAAAAAAAUCGUGUUUAUUAUUAAAUAUUGUAAUAUCUUUUCAAAACGAGUCGGUACGUGUAAUUUCUUUUUUCUUUUUUCACCGCUUGUUAUUUGUUUCUAUAUAAUGUGUAAUAAUAAUAUUUCGAGUACAAAGUUUGCAAUGUGAAAAUAUUUAAUUUAAAAUAAUAAUAUUUUACCUAUCUACCUACCUACCUACCUAUAUAUAUUUAUAUAUAUAUACAUUUUUAUAAUCGGCCGGAAACCGCAAGACCGCCGUCGCCAGCCGACGCCGUUCUCGACGACACACAUUUUGGUUGAUGUGGUCGAAUUGAAAAUUGUGUUCGAUCGGUGAAGAAUAUAUAUUAAUUUAUACAAUGACGGCGAAAGAAAAAGAAGUAUCGGAAGAGUAUUCCAAUGCUUUAGGAGAUCUCAACAUCAAUAGCAAACCGUUAAUAAACAUGCUGACAAUGCUGGCAGAAGAAAACUCCGCCUACGCACCAAUCGUUGUACAGUGUAUUGAAAGACAGCUUCAUAAGGUGCAGGCCGACAGCAAGCUGCCAGUAUUGUAUUUGAUCGAUUCGUGUAUCAAAAACAUCGGACAGCCGUACCUUGGAUUGUUCUUACCGAGUAUCGAAAGACUCUUUGCUACCACUUUUUUGAAAGUUGACGAGAAAACCCGAGCUAACAUGUUUAAAUUGCGGUCUACCUGGAAUGAGGUUCUGCCAUAUCGUAAUCUAUACGAGCUAGACGUGGCCGUUCACGCCAUAGACAGCGCUUGGCCAGUCGGCCCCCCUCCGACUAACAUACACGUGAAUCCAAAGUUUUUAAAUAACACUGGUAAACAUACUGAAAAACCUGCAGCUACGAAGGCUGUUAAAGACGACCGGAUUUUGCGCCAAGAACUUCUCAAGAAACACCAAGAACUGUUGGAACUGCAACAAAAGAAACUAGAACUAGAGCUGUUGCAAACAAAGAACGAAUUGGAAAAACAACAAAAGAAAAUCGACAAGUUAAACACAACAGCAAAAGACGUUCCGACUCCCUAUUCGAUUGCAUCUCAACCGAGUAUUGCGAAAAUAACUCCAGUCAGUACACAGCUGUUGCAAGCAGUCCGGCAUCGUGAUCCGCGGCUAAGAAAAGCAGCAGACACCACUUCGAAACCAGUGGCGGCCAUCGAAGACAAUGUCAAGCUGACGUUUUCGAAGAAAAAAGAUGAUAAAAAACUAGAAAAACCUAAACGCGACAGCAGUAAACAUCACGAUUCGAGGAAAAAGGAAAGAAGCCGUAGCCGUUCGCCGGUCAAGAAAGAACUGUCGAAAAAGUUACAUAAAAAGACUGAGCAUAAAGAAAAGAGUCCUAAGGAUGAUAAGUACCAUAAACGAAGAGACGAAAAGAAAACAAAAGAUUUUGACAUCAAGAAAAAGAGCUUAUCCCCUAGUUCGAAAGUGCCUCCGAUUGGCCAGUUGAACGAACCACAAUUGAGUUAUUCUCCUAAAAAGGACGUGAGUGCUUUCAAAAAAGACUUUCAGUCGAAUAAUCUUUUGGAUGACCUAAAGGGGAAUGUUCCUAAAGCAAUCGAAACACCUAUCGUCGAUGUAACAAACGUGUUGCCGAAAAAAAUUAUUCUGGAACAAGCAGUUAAUGAUAACCUAGACGUUAAGCUAAUUCAGUCUACGCCUGCCGUUUCUGAACAAGCCAAAAAUGAUACUACUGUGCUGGAAGACUCAGAUUCGUUAAAGCGACUUCACAUGUACAUGCAGACAAUGAAGAAAUCACCGGAACCGUCUACGACUGCUGCAACAGCGUCGUCUUCAUCUUGUAUAGAACCAAAUGACAAAAUUUUACCAGUCGUAAAGUCCAAUCAAAGUAUGCUUGCAGACGUAUUAAUCAAACCACAAAAUGACAUAGACCUAAGAGUUAUAGCCCCGACAACCAAGAGGACAUCUACGGACGCGAUCAAAGCUGACGAUAAUGAACCAGCUGCAAAGAAAAGCAAAUCUGAAAUCAUCGAUGAACUGUUCGGCGCUGAAGAUGUGGAUCUGCGGACGUUGACAGCGCCUGCGGUCGUGCCCUCGCCGCCGCCUCCGCCUCAGAUAUCGGAAGCGCCCAAACAACAAGAGCUGGGCAAGUCGUGGGCCAAGUACAAGGAGAUCAAACCGGACACGUACAAGGCGCCGUACAAGUCUCCGACGAAAAAGAUGCCCGGCGAAGUCAGCGAACAUCAUCCGGCGGCCGACAGCAGCCAAGACGACGCCAUGGACGUGGACAUGAGAGCCAAACCCACGCAGAGCAACAAGAGUCUCAUACUUAGACAAGCGGAAGAAGCGUUGAACGCGGGCAGCAUAACGUUCGACGAGUACAAGAAAGUCAUGUGCCAGGUAAUCGAAAUGACCGAAGUGGAAAAAUUGGAAGAAGUGAAAAACGCCGAAGACACCAACAACGCGUUAAAAGUAAAAAAAUCAAAAAUCGCUCAUCCAACGCCGGCGGUGGCCAACGAAAACGGAACGGCCGAUUGUUUACUUCGAGCCAACGUCGUUGUCGCCGAUGUACUCCAAACCGCCGAUCAAAUCCUAGAACGGCUACCGUCGUCGCCGGUCAAGCCAACCGUUGUUGAAAACCAAAAAAACGAUCAUCGUCAUCCGACCAAGUAUGAGGAAGAAACGGCGCAGCCGGCGUCAGAAGAACCGGCGGCCAAACCCGUAGACAACAACAACCAAAACUGUUGUGCGGCGGACACCGACGAAGACGGCGUUAGCGGAUGUAAACCGAUGGACAUAGACGAGAGAGUGAAUUUAAUAAAACCUAUACCGGCAGAACAUUUCCCGGUCACCACCACCGGUCCGUGGAGUAUGGUUAACAAAAAACCACCUACCGGCGGCGCCGACCACCUGAGCGGCAGCGAAAGCGACAGCUGUUCCAACAAAAGCGGCGGCGGCGGCGGGUCGUCCGAAUCCGAAUCGGAGAACUCGAAGAACGUAAGAAAAUCGUCUCACACGGCGGCGGCCGACGACCGGCCAAUGUUCAACAGACGUACCAAGAUGUUCCGGCAAAAAGAAAUCGUCAAAGGCGUCCGGGCCAACUGGAGGAACAACCAGAACAAAAACUGGAACCCGAGACCGGACAGCGGACCGCCGCCGCCCAGGUUCGGCCAGCAGAACAGGAUCGAACCGUGGUCGAGAGGGCCUCGGCCUAAUUACUGUCAUUCGUCCAGGACGCUGGUGCCGCUGCCCCGGUACGAAGUGCCGCAACCCACGGCCUCGUUCGCGUCGUCCACGCCCGACUGGACCGUUCCCGUCAUCCCGCCGUCCGAUCCCGUCAUACUGGACAUGAUCGCCCGGGACCCCACGCAGACCAUCAACAUCGACGGCGUGUCCCGGGAAAUCCGGUUCUACGGUCCGACGGCCAUCACGUUCGUGUCGUGGGACGAUCCCCGGGAGAUAUACUUCCAGGGGCCGCCCAAGAACGUCAUAUUCGACGAUCUGUUCUCGGUGCUGUGCCAUUUCAAUCAGAACGACAUUGAGUUCCUGUUGGACGGGCAACCGCACCGCGUCCGAUUGGGCGCGCCCACCCGGGAACUGUACCUAGACGGCAAGUUCUACGAGUGUUUCUUCGGCGGGCCACCGGUGUACACCGAGCUGGGCGGCGUCAAGCGGUCCGUCAAACUGGAAGGGCCACCGCCGUCGGUGAACAUCGGCCAGGAGCCGCGCAAAGACUUGGUCGCCGGACGCAUAGCCGUUAUCAUCGACGACACGUACACCGUGCCUGUCUAUCUGGACGCCAAGCCGCAACGCAUCGAAGUCGGCAACACCGCUCUGAUACUGCGGUUCAUCGACGGACUGAUGAGGGCGCUGAUCAACGACCAGCCGUUCAAAGUCAACUACAACGGACCUCCUCAAGCGAUAACCGUGCGGGGCAAGAAGCAUUACCUGCGGUUCACCGGACUGCCGCAGACCGUCAAACCGGGCUAUGCGGUCAUCGCUCAAAUGAUGGGCGUCGUGCUCACCGAAGACACCGCCGUCGACGCUCUGCAACCGUUGCCGGCUCCUCCGAUGCCGCCCAACUUCACCGGCAUGAACAUACCGCUGUCCGUCGAAGACAUCAGUCAACCGCCUCAGUCGUUUGCACCUUCGACUUAUUCUUUGGUUCCACCCACUACGAUGCCGCCCGUCAAUAUAAUGCCUCCGGCCGUUAUACCGCAACCGCAGUUGGAGCAGCCGGUCGUCAAUUCUUUUUCCACUCCGCCGCCCAACGUACCAUCAUCGUCUUCGGUUCCGUCUAUUUUGCCCAGCAACAUGGACAUCAACGAGCUGUUCAUGAAACUGGUGGCCAGCGGCAUCGUGCCCAAAGACAAACCUAAAGAAGUCGUUGUAUCGCCUAUAAUCAAGAAAAAGGAGAAAGAACAAGAAGACUUGACCGUUAAACCCGUAGAUUUCUCAGAUCCGUCAACGCUAAAACAGAAACAACCCGGACUGAUACACAACUUGUACACCGGCAUCCAGUGUAGUUCUUGCGGCAUACGUUUCACUGCCGAGUAUACGAUCAAGUACAGUAGCCACUUGGACUGGCAUUUCAGACAAAACCGUCGCGAGAAAAUGGCCAGCAAGACUGUGCAGUCGAGAAAGUGGUACUACGACACCAGCGAUUGGUGUAAAUACGAAGAACAAGAAGACGAGACGACUAGGGCUGCCAGUUGGUUCGAUUUACAAGCCGAACAAGGCGUCAAAGAAGAAGAGAAGGACGAAGAAGACAACGUACCGUGCGUGCCGGCCGGGGAAAACAGCGAGUUGGCCGCCUGUUACCUUUGUCACGAUCAGUUUGAGCAGUUUUACAGCGAAAAAGACGAAGAGUGGCAACUCAGGAAUUGUAUCGAUAAAGACAAACACCUCUACCAUCCAAUGUGUUACAACGAUAUGAUUAAAACCCGAGAGGAGAAAAUCCGUAAACGCAACGAUGCCAUCGAAGAGGCCAAACGAUUGGAAAUCCACGAAAUGGAAAUCAAACAGGAACGGCAAUUAGAAAAAGAAAUCAAAGAGAAACUACGACAAGAGGAACAGUUGAGAAUCAAAUGCGAAAACGAAGACAAACUGAGAAUUAAACGCGAAUACCAAGAACAGGUACAAAAAGAAGCCGAAGAGCUGAGUCGAUUAGAGAGUAAACCCGUAACGCGGGUUGACGCAAAAGCCGAUCAGCAGCCGUCCGAUAUUAAAAUGGAAUACGUCAACGAAAACACCGUCGAUACCAAAACGACAAACGGCCGUGGAGACACCUUUGACGAUAUAGACAUUCCGGAGAAUAUGGAGGUCAUUCAUUCGGAGGAGGUUUCGGAGGACAUAUCGACGACAACGACGACCGUUAAACAAGAACCGAACGUCGUCGGAGAGAAUGUCAACGACAACGAUGUCGGCGUCGAGGCCGAAGACAAAACCGAAGUGGUAAUCGUCAAAGCGAAAUCCAAGUCGCCGUCUCCGGUGUUAUCGACCAUGACGUGCUCGAUCGACGGCAACACCAACACCGAGUGGAACGUUCCAGUAGCGCCGGCCAUGGGAACCAUUAAAAUAAACAUAAGUCAAAAAGCUUCGGCCGCCCUCAAACCGUCGUCAAAGCCCAACGUCGUGGAAACGUCGUCGUCGUCGUCGGUGGUCGAAGUGAACCCGCAAGACCUGACGCCGACCUUUGGCGAAAUCGAUCCGGAUCAACCGCCGCCGCCCGGACUAGAAAUGGACACCGUCCUGGUGGUGCCCGCUAAACCACCGCAGCAGCCGCAAGUACCGCCGCCGCAACGAGACUUGAAACCGAGAAUAAUGAACAACGCUAAGAAACUCAGGGAAUACCCCGUCGUCAACAAGGGCAAGGAAAUGUCCGGGCUGUGUUCGAUCAUGUGAUGUUCAAAAAUCUUUUUCCUGUCGACUUCCGAAUUUUUUUUUGUAUAUUACAAUCGUUUUUGAAUUUUGUAAAUUUUACAAGUAAAAAAAAAAAUAAUAAUAAAAAUAAAACAAAAAAUGUGAUAUAAGUAUAAGAGAAAAUAUUUUGUACAUAUUGU